AUGCGAAAGGCUGCGCUCGCGACCCUCGCACUGUGUGUCCUCGCGACCCUCGUGGCCUGCAGUGUCCCCCGAUCGCCGCUGGAGGACGUGGUCGUUGAGAAGACCUUCAUUCCCGAGCAGUGCGAGCGGAGCGUGAAGGAGGGCGACUUCGUCCGGUACCACUACCACGGCCGCUUCCCGGACGGCACGGGGUUCGACUCCAGCUAUGACCGCGGCUCCACCUACAACGUGUUUGUGGGCAAGAAGCAGCUGAUCGAGGGCAUGGACAAGGCCCUUCCGGGGAUGUGUGUGAACGAGCGGCGGCUGGUGAAGAUCCCACCCCACCUGGCCUACGGGAAGGAGGGAUACGGCGAUGUCAUUCCUCCGGACGCCGUCCUGCACUUUGACGUGCUUCUGCUGGACAUCUGGAACCCAGAGGACAAGGUCCAGGUCAAGACGUACCACAGGCCCGAGCGGUGCGGCCGGGAGGUGCGGGUGUCGGACUUCGUGCGGUACCACUACAACGGGACGCUGCUGGACGGGACCCUGUUCGACUCCAGUCACACGCGGCUCCGCACCUACGACACGUAUGUCGGCAUCGGCUGGCUCAUCGCCGGCAUGGACCAGGGGCUCCUGGGAAUGUGCGUGGGGGAGAAGCGAAUCAUCACGAUGCCGCCCUUCCUGGGUUAUGGAGAGAAUGGAGAUGGCAGCGACAUCCCGGGCCAGGCCUCCCUGGUGUUCGACGUGGUCCUGCUGGACCUCCACAACCCCAAGGACGGCAUCGCCGUCGAGAAGCAGCAGGUUCCCGAGAAGUGUCCCCGCAGGAGCAAGGCAGGCGACUACAUGAGGUACCACUACAACGGGACGCUGCUCGACGGCACGCCCUUCGACUCCAGCUACUCCCGCAACAGCACCUACAACACCUACAUUGGCAUGGGCUACCUCAUCGCAGGCAUGGACGAGGGUCUCCUGGGUGUGUGCAUUGGAGAGAGGAGGAGGGUUACCAUCCCACCCCAUCUGGCCUAUGGAGAGGAGGGCACAGGCACCACGGUCCCCGGCUCAGCGGUCCUCGUGUUUGACGUCCACGUGGUGGACUUCCACAACCCCUCGGACACGGUGCAGGUCGCCAUCAGCUUCAAACCGGAGGUCUGCGAGCCGCUCGCAAAGAAAGGUGACUUCGUCAAGUACCACUACAACGCCAGCCUGCUGGACGGCACCUUCAUCGACUCCACGCACCGCUACGGGAAGACCUACAACGUGGUUCUGGGUGCGGGCCAGGUGGUGCUGGGGAUGGAGAUGGGCCUGCAGGACAUGUGUGUGGGGGAGAAGCGCAGGCUGGUGGUCCCUCCCCACCUGGCGUACGGCGAGAGGGGCAUCGACGGGGAGGUCCCGGGGAGCGCCGUGCUGGUCUUCGACGUGGAGCUCGUCGACAUGGAGGAGGGGCUUCCUGAGGGAUACAUGUUCGUGUGGAACGAUGACGUCUCCCCCGACCUCUUUGUGGAGAUGGACAAGAAUAAAGACUCCCAGGUGGAGCCCUCGGAGUUCUCCGACUACAUCCUGCGCCAGGUGAACGAGGGCAAGGGCCGCCUGGCCCCCGGGUUCGACCGCCACAAGAUCAUCGAGAACAUGUUCGGCAACCAGGACCGCAACGGCGACGGUAAAAUCACGGAGGACGAGUUCCGGCUGAAGGCAGACGAGUCGGUGGACCACGACGAGCUCUAGGGGGCCCUUCCGCGCUUCCUGCCACGGCGCGGGUGCGAACACGCCUCCUUCCUGAGUACCAGACGUCAGGGCGACUGCAGUUUUAUUGUCACGCUACCGAUGUCCCUCGUUUCUUUUUAGUGUUUUUAUUAUUUUUAAUUAUUAUUCUUAGAAUUUUUUACGACGGUGUUGCUUCUUACUCUUGUUGGUGACGUCUCUGGGAUGGAAGCACAUCCCGUGCUGGUCACCCGUAAACCCAUUACUGCCUGGUGGAGAACAGAUGCACUGUUUUACACACUAACACUCAGUGAGGGGGGAGGGGGGGCAAGUGAAUGGAACAUUCUGGAACACUGUACACUUCAGCAGUUGGUCACACAACGUCCCUUCUGGGGCCUUUUAGGGACGUUACCUCGUGUGUCGGUCGGGCGGGGUUAGGCCCCGCGAGGGUGGUGUCGGGUACGGGGCGGGGGGGCUUUUCUACU